UUCUGAUUAGUGUGGUCUAGAACUCGCUGUAGAGCAAGUCGCAAUAGAUCGAGUGUUAACAAUUGUAGUGUUUUUUAAAUAAAAAAAAAAUAUGUUUAUCAAAAAUUUUAAACUUUUUGCCACUUGUGUACUAUGUCUUAAUAUAUAUACGCAAGCACGUUCUGUCUCUCAAAUGGGGGAUGUUUAUAUAUCCAUAUCGGAGGACAAAUGGAUAUGUGAUAAAAUCGAAUGUCCCUUGGAUGCUUUUCGAUGUUUUGUUUCGAAAUCAAAUGAAGAGAAUCCCUCUGUUUUAAAACGUGUCAACACUUGCUAUACCAAAGACAAUCAGGCGCUGACUCAUAAAGAAUUUGAAUCACCCAUUGAUCCUAGUUCCCAUAUUCGAGUACAGAUGACUUCUACACGUAAUGGCAAUAUGAUAACCGCUUCUAGUGGUUUAGAAAAUUUCGAUGAGAAAAAAUUUCAAGAAGAAAUGAAUAAGAUUCAAGCCAACAUAAAGGCCCAAAUGAAUGAUUUGCAUGUAAAUUUACAAAAAAUGAAUGAAGACAUUCAUUCAAAUAUUCAAAAUCAAAUGCGAGAUUUGCAACAUAAUCUAAAUGAAAUGCAAUAUAAUUUGGCUCACAUGUUUCAAUAAUCAAAUUUCAUUAUUUUCUUAUUAAUAAUAUGACAAAGUUAUGAAAAAUGUGUUGCACAUUUGUUUUGUAUUUUUGGUUAUUUUUAUAUGUUAUCUAUGUUGUUUAUAUUAAUAUUUUAUAAUCCAACAAAAAUAAAAGAUAUUGUUUAAAGCAUUA